GUGGUUCCGCAUGCGCGGUGGGAUAGAGCGAAGCGCACGCUGAGGUUCGGCUGCCGCUGCGGCUGGACUGUCUAAUCUCUGCGAUUAAAGAGCACGGCACGGGAUCCCGGCGCGGGAUUCACAUACAUACCUCAGAAUGCCGGGUCUAAGUUGUAGAUUUUAUCAACACAAAUUUCCUGAGGUGGAAGAUGUAGUGAUGGUGAACGUAAGGUCCAUUGCUGAAAUGGGGGCUUAUGUCAGCUUGCUGGAAUACAACAAUAUUGAAGGCAUGAUUCUUCUUAGUGAGUUGUCCAGAAGGCGUAUCCGUUCUAUAAACAAACUCAUCAGAAUUGGCAGGAAUGAAUGUGUGGUAGUCAUUAGAGUGGACAAAGAAAAAGGAUAUAUUGAUUUGUCAAAAAGAAGAGUUUCUCCAGAGGAAGCAAUCAAAUGUGAAGAUAAAUUCACCAAAUCCAAAACUGUUUACAGUAUUCUUCGUCAUGUUGCUGAGGUGUUAGAGUACACCAAGGACGAGCAGCUGGAGAGCCUGUUCCAGAGGACUGCCUGGGUCUUUGAUGACAAAUACAAGAGACCCGGAUACGGUGCCUAUGAUGCAUUUAAGCAUGCAGUCUCAGACCCAUCUAUUUUGGAUAGUUUAGAUUUGAAUGAAGAUGAACGGGGAGUACUUAUUAACAAUAUUAAUAGGCGUUUGACACCACAAGCUGUCAAAAUUCGAGCAGAUAUUGAAGUGGCUUGUUAUGGUUAUGAAGGCAUUGAUGCUGUAAAAGAAGCCCUGAGAGCAGGUUUGAAUUGUUCUACAGAAACCAUGCCCAUCAAGAUUAAUCUAAUAGCUCCUCCUAGAUAUGUGAUGACAACAACAACCCUGGAGAGAACAGAAGGCCUCUCUGUCCUCAAUCAAGCUAUGGCUGUUAUAAAAGAAAAGAUUGAGGAAAAGAGGGGUGUCUUCAAUGUCCAAAUGGAGCCUAAAGUGGUCACAGAUACAGAUGAGACCGAACUUGCAAGGCAGCUUGAGAGGCUUGAGAGAGAGAAUGCAGAAGUGGAUGGAGAUGAUGAUGCAGAAGAAAUGGAAGCCAAAGCCGAAGAUUAACUUUGUGGGAAACAGAGUCCAGUUUAAGGAACACAGAACAGCCCUUCCUGGCUGUAAACCCUAGACUGAAAGUUUUCCAGUAUUGAAAACUUCAAAGCUGAAUAUUUUUUAUUUCCAAGUAUUUAAAUGUUCCAACAGACCAAAAUGUGAAAUGCCCUCCUAAAAGUCAAAAAGUCAGCUGUUUUCACACAAUAGCUCCAACAUUCAGCAUUUUUUAAGGGAGUGGGCCUAAUUUCACUAGAGAUAAAUCUUUAAGAACAUAAAAUUGGGCUUGUGGUUUCCAUUUCUGAUGUCUCCAGAUUGGCACCCCUUUGUAGUUCAGUGCCUCCAUGAGAUUUACAAGGGGGCACCCAAAGCAAAUAGCCUCAACCUUUCUAUAUAAAAUGUAUCAAGCAAACAUUAAAUAAAUUUCUGGGAUAUUUAACUAUAGGCUUCUUCCUUCUUGUCACCAGUUAAAAGCAUUAUGAUUACUAAGAUCCUAAUUCUAUUAUCUUCCUUUUAGUCUAGAUGUAGAAGAAACAUAAGGGCAGGUGACCAAAGGAUCUAUACAGCGGAUCCUUUCAAAGAAGGGUUUGGAGAAAAUAAUUUCUCAAUUUUAACCACAGUUACAGUUGACUCUUAGGGAGAAAAAGCCUUAAAACACAAUAUAAAAAUUACAUAGGAUGUGUGCCUUUUGCCAGUUUGAGACUGAGACUACAUGGUAUGAGGGAGAAUUUAUCACACUGGUUCUUGUUGGUGUACUAAGCUGCUCGCCCUGAGUUUGUAAUUUAGGGUGGUAAAGUUUUUUUUGUUUGUUUUUAAAGAUGCUGCCUUAGUUAUUUUGAGUAUCAUUGCUCAGCUUUUGAUUUUUUUUUCUCUCUCCCAUUAAAUCAUUCACUAGGUGCCACCUAGAGCUUUAGUUCUUUAUAACAAAUAGGGAUCUGAUUGAACACAAUUACAAUGAUUUUUCUAUAUUUCCAUCAUUUGUAUGUUUAAGAGCUAAUUGUUUUAAAGGUAUAUGAAUCUAAAGGUAAAGAAAUGUAAAGAAAUUUCAUAGAUAACAUAGGAACUUAGAUACAUAUCUAAGUUACUAUUUGAAGUUAAGUUACAGUAGCCAGGGUGUAGAAAGUCUUGAGUUUGAAGAUUGGUCUGUUUCAUAGAUUUAAUCUCUUUGGAUACUUGAGGUACUAGAUGUAUUCAUUUUAUUAAUUACUCCUAAGAAUAGCUAUUUAAAAACGUAAAAGAUUAAACCUAACCCACCUUACUUGACUGAGGACUAGACUUAAUUCAGUUAUUAAAGGGACUAGGAAAUAGAAGAGUGUGUUGGUGAAACAGUCAAUGCCAUUUUUGGAGGUUUGUCCCUUUAUUUAAUUCAGCAGCCUCUAGUAGCUUUUUAAAUCCCAAAGUAUAACUUCAUAUGGCUAUUUCCACGAGAUAGCCUUGAUUGCCAGCUAGCAUGCCAUACUGGGAAUAUUUAGAGGAGGAUCUAAAUAUUGGCACAUGAUUUUCACUUCACUUUGGUCUUUUUGAGGAGUCAAAAAACUAGUCUAUAAGGCUUGUGACAUCAAGAAUGUCAUCAAAAUAUAACCGAUGCUCCCUAAAUGUUUGCUGUAGGCAGGAGAAUUGAAUUUUCACCUUGUUUACUGACGUUUUUGUACUUCGAAGGCGUAACUGUUGAGAAGUACCGGUGACCUCUAUGGUGAGUGAUUUUAUCCCAUGCAAGCCUUUUGCUCAGCUCUACAACAAUUUUGCAAAUUUAUGACCCGUCCCAGAGAAAAGGUUAAUACCUCACUGAUACCUUGAAGGAGAGAACUAAGCAAAAGCAUACAUAUACCCUGCUGCCCUAACAAGAUCACUUUCAAACGUGAGGACAAGCUACACACCCAUCUCCAAAUAACCUGAGGAACAGAUUGACAAGGACAAUUGACAACUUUAUCCAAAUCUUGCAUCUCCCCACAGCGUCUUUUCAUUAAAAACUGACAAUUUCAUCUACUCCCCAUUCUGCCUUUGAGGUAAAAGCAGUUAUAUCAGCUCACACAACUGAAAAUUAGCAGUAGUUUGGGUCUCGUUUAAUCAUAAUUGAAAGUCAAAACCAGCCGAGAAAAAGUGGGAACAUUCAAAACAUUUCAUUUGCUGUAUUUUAUAGCAAAAGAAGAUGGACCAGUACGUACAUGGGUCAUUUUCAUUUAGGGGAAACCUACAGAGACCUGCUAAGCACUAAAUCACGCCAAGCAUUAUAAUGAUUACUCAGCUGCCAUACUUUCAAACAUUUUAGCUACUUUUGUAUGAAGAUCCAUCAAUUAAAAUGGUUUGGGAUUUUUAAAAAUUCAAGUACUGGUACCUUGGCAACAGUUGCCCCCUGAUUUGCCUCAAGGUGAUGGCCAUCUACUUUUUUCAAUGCAUGAAGAUUCUAAUACACCUAUAUAGAACGGUGCCGUUGCACCAAUUUGGAGUCAAGCCAUCAAGCCAAAUGCGGUUUAAUUUAGAUAAACACUUGUUGAUAUUCAAAGAGCAAUAAAGAAACUAAUUCCAGGGACAUUAGACCUUGGUGAAAUGCCAAAUGGAAAAUGGUGCUUUAAAAGGCAGUCUCUUACAAUGUAAGGAAUAAAAUAAAACCUCAUUAGCUUGGAAUUCCUGAUCAUUCAGGUCAGGUAUUUCUAGACCAGAUUAAGAGGAGACAGUUCAAACUAAAAGGAAAAUUUUUUCCUUAAGCACUUUGGAAAUACUAUUCCCCUUAAAUGUAAGUUACAUAUCUAUUCAUUAAAGGAAGUCUAAGCACUUGUACUUGGCAAGAAUGCUGGCAGUAGCUUGUGCCAGAUUACUGUAUAAACUUGAAAGUAAUAAAAAUGUUUUUAAA